ACAUGGCGGCUGUUAGCUGAUAGCCAGCAGCUCUUCAGAUUAAACUCUGAGUUUACAUUCAUAUUCAUUCAGUUAAUCAGAUUGAAGACAUUAUCUGUUUGUUUUCAGCGUGUUACAACCUGCAGUUUGUGCUAUUUAUCAGGUUUGGUCCCACUUGAACCAGUUCUUGUCCUGCCGUGGUGAUGGAUCCAGUCUGACCUGACCUGACACACCUUCAGUCCGAUCCGACUCGAGUAGACCCCCGGAGUCAUGGAGAAGUUCGGGAUGAGUUUCGGGGCUGGUCCGAGCAGGAAGGAUUUGCUGGACACCGUCGAGUCCCAGAAGAAGCAGCUGGUCCAGUACCAGUCCCGCUUCAAGGACGUGGUCCAGGCCUAUAAGAGUCUUCUGAAGGAGAAGGAGGCUCUGGAGGCCAGUCUGAAGGUCCUGACGGCAAACCAGGAGGUGGACCUGAACCAGCAGGGCCAGGACGCCCCCACCACCUCAGAACUCCCCGAGGAUGGCUGUUCUCUGCACAGCGAGGACAGCGUGGACACUGCUGCAUCUGUGGACACGCCCAAUGAGACCACCAGAGGGGACCAGAGUGAGGAGGACCAGGGGGAACCCGAGGGAAAAUCCACAACGCCCCCGAGGUCCGAACCCGAUGCCAGCGGCUCAGAUAGCAGCGUCGUGGGGGCGGAGCAGCAGCAGCAACAGUCUACGCCGCCUUCCAGCCUGGAGGCGGACCGCCGAGUCGCCCAGCUGAAGAGCCAGCUGGGCACGCUCACCAGCGCCCUGGCCACAGUGACGCAGGAGAAGUCUCGGAUGGAGGCGAGUUUCCAGGCCGACAAGCGUCAGCUGAAGCAGGAGGUGGAGGAGCUGCAGGACCGCCUCGCCGCCGCAACGACGCAACAGGAGGCGGAGCUGCACGCCCUGCAGCUGCAGCUGGCCGAGAGCCGCGCUCGCAUCAUCACGCAGCAGCACGAGAGGGAGCAGGAGCAGGGAGACCAUGUCCAGCAGCUGCGAGAGCUGCAGAGGAUCCUGCAGCAGGAGAGAGACCUGCGACAGGACGCGGAGCUUCACCUGCAGGACACCACCGCCACACUCCUCAUGACAUCACAGGCCGUGGACCGGGGGGCGGAGUCCGAGGCUCACCUGAACAAGGUGAGGGAGGAGAGAGACGAGCUGAGGAGGAGGCUGCAGGCCGCCAAGGAGGACCAGAAGAAGCCAGAUCCCAGAGUGGACGAACUGCAGCGAGAGCUGCUGGAGCUGAAAAACCACUUCCAGCAGCAGAUCCACCUCGAGACAAGGAAGGUGUGUGAUGCAGAGGAGCGCGCUCGUGAGCGUGCACAGGCCGCAGAGCUGAGGGUCGCAGGUCUGGAGCAGAGAGUCUCUGAACUGUCGGAGCUGCUGGGCUCCUGCGAGAAGACGAGGCAGAAAGACCAGCAGACGGCUCAGAGACUCAGAGACCGGAUCCUGCAGCUCGACACAGAGAACAAGACGCUCGCCAUCGCCGCCUCCAGCAGGACGACCUCUGACCUCAGUCUGGACGAGUCGCAGCUGGACGUCGGCGCGCUAAAGCUGAAGCUGGAGAAAGUGAAGAAGCUGCUGCUGCUAGCAGCUCAGAGGAACCCGGACGAGGCCGUCCAGAACCUGGCGGAGACCGAGGCGGAGCCGGGCGGAGACAAACGCUCGGUGCUGUUCUACCAGCAGGAGCUGCGGCAGCUUAAGGACGAGUUCGAGCGCUACAAAGUGCGAGCGCAGGUGGUGCUAAAGAACAAGAACGCCAAAGACGGCAGCCAGGUGAAGGAGCUCGAGGAAGUCCGGGAUCAGCUGUCGGAGCUGAAAGAGAAGUACAUCAAUCUGCGGAUCCAGAGCGACGAGGCGGAGGCCCGACGCCGCCGUGACCUGGAGGAGUGGCAGCAGCAGGCGGCGGCGCUGCAGCAGUCUCACAGACAGGAAGUAGAGCGCGUGGAGGCGCUGCACCACGACAACUUGUUGCGACUGGAGGCGGAGCUGCACAAACAGAGAGAGAGGACCAUGGCGCUGCUGGACGAGAAGGACCAGGAGCUGGAGAGGCUGCGCGCCACCGCGCUGAGCCGCAGCAACGACACCGACAAGAUGGCCGACGACGAGCAGGAGCCCCCGGAGAGCGAGGGUGACGUCGUCAGCCAGGCCCUGCGCCGCGCAAUGCCCAACGAGCCCACGCUGCUGCUGUACGCCGAGCAGCUAGCCAGGAAGGAGGUGGAGGCGGGCGGACUGCGGCGGCAGAAACACCGGCUGGAGGACGACGUUCACCAGCUGCAGGCGAGGCUCAUCGCUAACGGAGAGCGACACGACGAGGAGGUGUCCCAGCUGCGAGGACAACUCGACAAACUGAUCAGAGAUCAGAGCAGAGAGGGCGCUAACAUGGAGUACCUGAAGAACGUCAUCUACAAGUUCCUGACGCUGCAGGACGCCAGCGGGAGGCAGCAGACGCUCACCGCCAUCCUGACCAUCCUGCACUUCAGCCCGCAAGAGAAACACAGCGUUAUGAGGCAGCAGGGCGCCACCUGGUGGACGGCCAGCAAGAGAUAAUGAAACACCUGAAGACAGACAUGAAGAGAGAUAUAAUGAUGGAGACUGCAUGUCUCACUUCCUGAUGAUCAUCUGAUAUUUAAAUUGAUAUAAAACCAAAUGACAGUGACUCACUGAGCUGAACUCUGAACUGUGAGCACAUAUAUAUAAAUAUAUAUAUAAAUAUAUAUAUAUAUGAAGAAAUAUGAGCAUACGAGUGUCACUGUGAGUGAAGAACACUUUGGUUAACGCAGCUCUUCAUAUCACUGAUUUGUAUAUUUUUGAAUCUGUCAAAAUUAAACUAUUUUUCCUGCU